AUGACAGACGGCCUUGAUGUGCUCUCUGAAGCUAGCCGCCUUCGCCUAGGUAUCCCAUGCUCGCUUGCCGGCGGAAGUCCUUGCCUUGGUGGCUCACACCGCGUCUUCAAAGUUGUCUUUGAAGACUCCGUACAAUGGGCUGCCCGAGUCAGCAACGAUCCCAAUAAUUGGAAAAACGAACUUCGAGCCUUUGGGCAAUUCCAACACAUCAAAAAGCAUCGUCCAGAGAUCAAAGCACCAGAACUUUUCGUUGAAGCAGAGCAUCCUGUGCUAUAUUCGGAAUGGGUCAGCGGCAAGCCGCUAGAAAUUUGGAAUUCUCAAAUUCCUUUAGACGUCAAAGACUUUUGGAUGAUCUUGCGGAAUUCCUGUUGCAACUAUGGACUACUCCUGUUCCUUCCGCCCUUGCUCAAGAGAAAAGCUGUCUAUUAUGCGGCCGAGUUUGAUAAAUACACUGGCAUCGGCUUUACCCAUGGGGAUCUAAACGCUCAUAACAUCAUGAAAAGUGAUGAAUUCCACCUGACAGGGGUCAUUGACUGGGAUUGGAUGUCCGUGGCACCGCUGCCAGCGAUUAUACAUCACCCUUGGUUCAUAGCCGAUAUUCCUGGAUGGAAUAACGAUGGUGUAGCAGAGGGCGAAAGCUUCGCUAUGGAUCGCCUUUACCUCGAGAAGUCAAUCAGGAAGAAAGAGAUUUCGCAGCAUCUGCCUCUUACUCUUUCGACGUUGCUCAGUGACUCUGGGAAGAGACUAUUUUUCCAAUCAGCCUUUCAUUUCAAAGAUAUUCAUGCGGAGUUCGUCAGAAUGCACUGUCCAUGGACAGAAAAGAACAUCAGGGCUGCAAUGUCACAGUUAGAUACUGUGCUUCGUUUGUAUCCUGAGUUGGGAGGUGAAGAAGGAGUGCAGGAAGUCAAAGACCUGCUGCGGAGGAACUGCGAAGAAAAGCGUUGA